AUGAUUCGAAUUCCCGGAAAAUUUGGUAACAUCAAUCCUGAUCUACUACCUCCGCCACCUGAGGGCACGCCGUUCAACAAUCCUUACCUCACGAGUUGGAUGCAAUUUAUAAAUGCCAUCAAGUACCCACCUGACCUGGCAUUCGCUACACUUUACAUGGGACUCGAUCACCUCGCGUUCGCCGGCUUCUACAUUCUUCCCACCACCGCCACUUCAAAAGUUUUCAGAUAUCUGUUAAAAUUGAUUGUAGAUCCACUAGUUACCUUCGGUCAGAGUGCGCUAUUCUUUUACAUGAUUCAUUUUCACGUGUACCAAGUGAUAGGACCUUUGUUCUUGGCAUGCAUUCCGGGAUGCAAACUGAGAGUUCGCGAGGGAUGGUUUUGGAUUUAUUGGAUGGUCGGAUUGACGAUUUGUAGGGUGUUGUGUUCUAAAUACGCUGAAUUCAAAGCGCGUAAGGGGCCAGACUCAAUUUGGAGAUUUCUGUAG